AUGAAGAAAGAUUGCGAGUCUCGGCUACGGAUUUUGCGGGUGGUCGGUGCCAAACUUCCACGCGGCAACCGAACUUCACUACUUCAGAUUGGAUCAGCAUUAGUUACCUCGAAGUUGCUGUAUGGAAUAGGACUUAUCAGUCGAGGAGGUUUAGCGACUCUACAGACUCUUGCUUCUGCCUACAACAAAAUGGUCCGGUUCUCUUCCGGAGCCUUUGUCACUAGUCCAAUUGUCGCAGUUAUGGCCGAAGCGGGAACCCUACCAUUCGAACUACUUGCGAUCUCAACUAUGGUGUGUAAAGCCAUCCGGAUAUUUUCGAUGAAUAGAAAUUACGGCACCCUCCCUCUGAUACAGCGAGCCACAGAACAUCUCGAAAAACUAACCGGUUCACCUCUUCCUGUUGUCGGCCAACUCACGAGGCAGAGUGACCGUGCGUGGAACGCACGAAAACCAGUGAUUGUGAGGGAUGUGAAAAAAAGGGUGAGCGCCGGAGUCCCACCGGAGAAAGCACGUCCUAUCGUACGGGAACUACUAGAAACCCGUUUCCAACAUUCAACCGUUAUCUAUACAGAUGGAUCAAAAUGUGACGGCACGGUAGGGGCUGCAUACUACAACAAUGUGAUAGCUCAGAAAUACAGUCUACCGAAAGAUUGCAGUGUUUUCUCCGCAGAGGCAUUUGCCAUCAAGAUGGCAGCUGCCCUACCGAACGUUCGCAAUGAAAUGGUAAUCCUCACGGAUUCCGCUAGCUGCCUGGUGGCCCUCGAAAAAGGAAAAUCGCGCCACCCAUGGAUACAGGAGAUUGAGCGCAUUGUGCGAAGUAAACCCAUCCAUUUCUGCUGGAUUCCGGGGCACGCUGGUAUCAACGGAAACAUAGAGGCAGAUCGGCUGGCAAAUGAGGGCAGAAGACAUCCGGUCAUCGACGUGACAAUUCCCGGAGAAGAUGCCGCAAGAGUAGCCAAGCAAAGAGAGGUGAAAUACGACACGCACCGAUGGAGAGAUCGUAGCAGUCCAACUGACCAGCGACUGCUCACACGUUUAAGGAUUGGGCACACCCGGUUAACUCAUACCUUCUUACUAAAAAAAGAGAACCCGCCCAACUGCGAGUGUUGCGGUACGGAAUUGAAUGUUCGACAUCUCAUUCUUCAGUGUCGAAAAUAUGAAAAAGAGAGGAUAAAACAUCACAUCGCCCCCAGCUUAUACGAAGCCUUAGGAAACGCGGAAGAACAAACGACGCGAAUGCUGAGCUUUCUACACGAAACAAAAUUGUGCAACCAACUGUAG